AUGGCAAAACUCUUUUGUCUGUAUGGUUGUAUUAAUCGAGGAACAGAAGAGCUCACACUCACAGGAUACACUGGUGGUUCAGUGCUGCUGCCUUGUACCUGCACAGACCCACAGUCUACAGUUCAGACAUUUACCUGGCUUUAUCUGCAACAGCAGCGAAACGAAGUAUUUCAUAAUGAAAACUACAAAGGCAGACUGAAGCUGUUAAAUGAAAGUUCACCUACAAAUCUCUCUCUUCUCAUUUCUGACCUGAGAAAGCAGGAUGAAGGAAAGUAUAGGUGUGAGAUAUAUAGUCACAACCCUGAAUACAGAGACAUUACGAUAACAAUUAAAGGUUGUGAUCUGGUUAAUAAUACACAGACAGUUGAAGUGAUGGGACGUCCAGGAGAGUCUGUAGUUCUGCCCUGCUACUGUAAAGAGCUACAAGCUAAACCUCAACAACUUGCAUGGACUUAUUCAAUUACACAAUUCAAUACAAAACCUAAAGAAAUUUACCCAAGUGAGCAGAGUCCGAAACACAAAGAUAAAAUCAAACUGUUAAAUAAAACAAGUCCAGGAAAUCUUUCUCUCCUCUUAUCAGACCUGACCACACAGCAUAAAGGAUAUUAUACAUGUUCUGUAGGGUCUCAACAAUACAUCAACAUCAGACUUAAAGCUAAAGCAACACAUCAAACAACACCUCAAACCAAUCCCAGAUCUGAAACCGAAGGCAGUUCAAUAAAACCAUAUGUCUUUGCUCUUAUAUCAGUGUUUUCAUUAUUGCUUCUUACUGUACUAGCAGUAAUGAUCUGGAGACGCAGAGAAACAAGAGAUGUGAAAAAUGGGACCAGUGAUGGACUAGUGCUGUAUAAUGAUGGGGAGAAGAAGGAUGUCUUAAAGCCUGAUAGCUCAGCUCAAGACCAACACAUUAAACAAGAUGAAACUGAGGAUGAAGUGACAUAUUCAACUGUUGUCCAUGUUAAAAAUGCAGCAAGACCUGCUCAAAAACAGAUCACCACAGCAGAAUACUCAGAGUAUGCCUGCUUAAAAUAAAACUAAAACACACACAUUUGUAAAAACUAUAAGCAACAAAGCAGCUGGACCCUAGUAGUCAUUUUCCUUUAACUUAACCUGCAGCUAUUGUAUUGUUUUAUUUUAAUUU